AUGCGCGAGUUCAGUUCCCUAAUUCUAGUGGGUACGGACAUUGGAUACUUUAGCACCUAUUUGAAUGCCGUCAAGAGUCAAGUCAUGGUGAUCGGUGUUUCAACUCCCCGGGAGCGUCAAUGCCAAUGUGGAGCAACACAUUCGUACGUUGCCACGGGAGCUGCGUCGACGCCGCCCAAAGCGACUGUCGGGUCUGACGUUGCCUACAAGUUGUUUGACACUUCCCCAAUGGUAAAGCUCGACACGUCACUGCUGCGCGGUAUCCUCGCAAGUUUGUCCAAUGUCGACCUGUGUGCCCCCCCCCAUGUGUCCAUGUUCGUCGGCCAACGCGCCGCACGCACCCGUUCACACAAGGGUGAAAAAGUGUGCGGCAUUCUACACUAA